AUGCCCGGCACUUGCGAGGUUUGCGUCUCGGAGCCUUCGAAGUACCGAUGCCCAACAUGUGGGCUUAUGAGUUGCUCUCUGGCUUGCACCCAGUCCCAUAAAAUCUACUGCGCACCUAAAGCACCAUCGCCAAAACCGACCGGUCCAACGGUCGACAUCCAACAGCCUCCCGGCGAAUCGAAUGAGCAUGCGGCCAGCGAGAUAACACCUAAAGCUCAGAAUGGCCUCGAUAUUAAAGCCUUAGGAAGCUCAACCGAACUCAAAGAUCUACUCGAUCGGUUCCCUUCGCUUCGUGAGGAGCUGUACGAUAUCUACAAGACUACUUUGGAAGAUGCAUGGGUGGAGACACAACGCUUUGGAGGUCGGGGUCGAUAUCACGGGAGAGGCAAAGGGCCGCACCGUCAUAAUGGACCGUGGACCCGUGAGAAGGGCUUCAACCGGGGAGUGGGAAGGGUGAGGAGGCUACGGGAAAGAUGCGAGGAGGGCCUGGAGACUGGAGAAAAAGCGGAGGGAUACGUGCGCUUCAUGUCCCUGGUCACUGGUAAUGAGCUUCCACGCGAGACCAUGUGA